AUGAAACCUGCUAGAGUUCAAGUAGAACAGAAUGAAUUACCCGAACAACAGAAAGGUCUCAACUUCAACAUAUGGUAUUUGAACUCAGGAGGUUCAUCCAAAACCACAGAAAAGGCUCAAUUCAGAGUAAAUAUCAAAAAAGACUCGGGAACCACCAAAGUCAACUCUGGGUCCAUAUGUUUAUUCUUUGCCAGAGGUUAUUGUACUAAAGGUAAGAAUUGUCAGUAUCUUCAUAGAUUACCACAAAAAGGGGAUUACUUCCCACCCGCUAAAGAUUGUUUCGGUCGAGAUAGAACCAAUAAUUAUCGUGACGAUAUGAUGGGUGUGGCUUCUUUUGCUUAUAACUCCACAUUAUACAUUGGAGGCUUCAACCUUUCCGACAACAUUCAGACCAUUCUUACUAAGCAUUUUGGGGAGUUCGGCAAGAUAGAGAAGAUCAAACUUCUCAAGAACUUGAACUGUGGGUUCCUUACUUACAGUUCAGAGUACGAAGCCCAAUUCGCCAUGGAAGCUAUGCAAGGUCAGUCGUUGGAUAAUAACGAGAUCGUCAGGGUACGAUGGGCCAGUGAGGAUCCUAAUCCUGAAGCACAGAGGGAGAACAAGAGGAAAUUGGAGGAAAGAACGAUAGAAGUUGUGAGGAAGUUAUUGAAGACGGAUGAUGCUGGUGCGUCUGUUGAGUCUGUUGAGCCUGUUAUAGAAGAACCAGAAGACAUUGAAGAACAAGAACAACCACAAAUACAACCACCACAGUCCCAAGAGUUACAAGAGUCCCAAGAACCACUUGGCGAAGAGUCAAAGAGCUUAUUCAAUAAAGAUUCAUUGAAAAUACUAUCCCAACUAAAGAAACCUAAAUCUCAACCUUCCUUAGCCCUUGGAUAUUCUAGUGAUGAUGAAUAG